UCCCACUCAAUCCCCUAAACCUAAAUCUCAGCCCAGCCAAUCCCUCCCUUUUCUCUCUCAUUCCCACUCCCGUCCCUCGUCUCUGUGAUUGUGCCGCACCUCACGCACCCAGUGCCCUUCUCGCGGCAACGCCUACGAGGUCCGGGCUACGUCUCAUCGCGACUAUCCAUCGAUUCAGCUCUAAUCUCGCCAGAGUUCUCAGUGCGACAGUGGCACAGUAGCCUGCGCCUUUUCUUCGUGGAUGCUUGUUUGUUUGGGGGAACAGCCUCUGCACUCUUUUCUUAGUUGAAGACGAAGGUGAACAGCCAUUGUUUCGCGGGUUUUCAAAAUCUACAAUGGUAUCUCCAAGGCAACUUCUCUCUACUGUCGAAUCCAGUCUCCUAAGUCCGUCGCCUCUGUCACCGGCGCAGAGAAUCGAGCUCUUGCACGCCAUUCGCAGCUCCCUUUCAUCUCUACAGUCUCUCCUCUCCUAUCCGCCUCCCAAACCAUCAGACCGGUCUAAAGUUCAGUCCAAAGAAGUCAGGCUGCCUGAUUCACCGCCUAUCUCGUUGGAUGAUCAGGACGUACAGAUUGCUUUGCAAUUGAGUGAUGAGCUCCAUCUCAAUGAAAUAGAUUGUGUUCGAUUGCUUGUUUCAGCGAACCAGGAGUGGGUUCUCAUGGGACGAGAACGAUCGGAAAUUUUGCGUCUGGCAGCAGGACUUUGGUACACUGAGAGACGGGAUCUUAUAACAUCACUCUUUAUGCUUUUAAGGGCUGUUGUACUUGAUCAACAACUUGAAGCUGAUCUUGUUGUAGACAUUCAGAAGUGCCUAGAAGAUCUUAUCAAUGGUGGUCUUAGAGAACGUUUCAUUUCUCUUAUAAAGGAACUCAAUCGAGAAGAACCUGCUGGUUUAGGUGGGCCUCUAUGUGAGCGCUACAUCAUUGACUCUAGAGGCACCCUUGUUGAGCGGCAAUCUGUGGUUCAGAAGGAGAGGCAUGUUCUUGGACACUGCCUUGUCCUCUCUGUUCUGGUUGUUCGAACAAGCCCUAAAGAUGUGAAGGAUGUGUUUUAUGUCUUAAAAGAUAGUGCAAUUGAGCUUAUGGAGGUCAACCACACAUUGAAGUACCAGAUUACGUUCAGUCUUCUUUUCACUCUUAUCAUUGCAUUCAUAUCAGAUGCUCUGGGUGCAGUACCUGAUAAAGCUUCUAUCCUGUCUCGUGACGCAUCUUUUAGAAAAGAGUUUCAUGAAAUUCUGAUGGCUACUGUAAAUGCUCCAGUUGUAGAGGGCUUCAUUGGUGGUGUUAGGCUUGCUUGGUCUGUACAUUUGAUGUUAAUAAAUGAUGGGAUUACUGCAAGGGACACAUUAUCAAGCGCUUCAUCAAAUGAUUUGGGAUAUUUGAAUUCAUGCUUGGAAUCCAUUUUCAUGAACAAUGUUUUCCAGUUUUUGCUGGAUAAUGUUCUUCGAACGGCAGCUUACCAGAAUGAUGAUGAGGAUAUGAAAUACAUGUACAAUGCUUAUCUACACAAGCUGGUCACUUGCUUCCUGUCUCAUCCAUCUGCUAGGGACAAGGUAAAAGAUUCAAAGGAGAAGGCAAUGGGCGCGCUUAAUUCAUACCGUUUGUCUGCUCCACGUGAUGUCAUGCAUGAUAGCAACAUGCAUUCUCAACAAGCCACUGAAAUUGGCCCUUUAUCGUUUGUCUCCCUACUGGAGUUCGUGAGCGAAAUUUAUCAGAAAGAGCCAGAAUUGUUAUCCGGCAAUGAUGUUUUAUGGACAUUUGUGAAUUUUGCUGGAGAGGAUCAUACUAAUUUCCAAACACUAGUAGCUUUCUUGAAAAUGCUGAGUACUUUGGCUUCUAGCCAAGAAGGUGCUUCAAAGGUUUAUGAACUACUUCAGGGAAAAGCAUUCCGCUCUGUUGGGUGGAGCACUUUAUUUGAUUGCUUGACGAUCUAUGAUGAGAAAUUUAAACAAUCCCUUCAGACUUCUGGGACUGUGUUACCCGAGUUUCAGGAGGGUGAUGCAAAAGCUCUUGUUGCAUAUUUGAGUGUUCUUCAGAAGGUUAUCGAAAAUGGACAUCCCAUUGAAAGAAAGAACUGGUUCCCUGACAUUGAACCAUUAUUCAAGCUUCUUAGUUAUGAAAACGUGCCUCCAUAUCUGAAGGGUGCUUUACGGAAUGCCAUAGCCACUUUUGUUCAUGUCUCUCCAGUCCUAAAAGACACUAUUUGGGGUUAUCUUGAGCAGUAUGAUUUGCCAUUAGUUGUUGGCACUCGUGUUGGAAACAGUAAACCAAUGGCAGCACAGGUUUAUGAUAUGAGAUAUGAGUUGAAUGAAAUAGAAGCAAGAAUAGAGCGAUAUCCUUCGACGAUAUCUUUCCUUAACCUGUUAAAUGCUCUUAUAGCCGAGGAAAAAGAUACAAGUGAUAGAGGGCGUAGAUUUAUAGGUAUCUUUAGGUUCAUAUAUGAUGAUGUGUUUGGGCAGUUUCCUCAGAGAGCCUAUGCUGAUUCUUGUGAGAAAUGGCAGUUGGUUGUUGCUUGUCUUCAGAAUUUUUAUAUGAUGUUGAGCAUGUAUAACGUCCAAGAUGAGGAUGUUGACAGCGUUGUUGACCAGUCACAGACACAAUCAUCUUCUCUUGAAAUGCAGCUUCCGGUCCUAGAGUUGCUAAAGGAUUUCAUGAGUGGGAAGACUGUUUUCCGCAAUCUUAUUGGUAUUCUUCUACCAGGGGUUAAUUCAAUCAUCACUGAAAGGACCAGUAAAAUUCAUGGGCAACUUCUAGAAAAGGCAGUGCAACUCGCUUUGGAAAUAAUAAUUAUUGUCCUGGAAAAGGAUAUACUUGUUUCUGAUUACUGGCGUCCUCUGUACCAGCCGUUGGAUAUUAUACUCUCUCAGGAUCAUAAUCAAAUUGUGGCAUUGCUGGAGUAUGUCAGAUAUGAUUUUUUACCACAAAUUCAGCAGUGCUCUAUCAAAAUCAUGUCUAUUCUGAGUUCUCGUAUGGUUGGGCUCGUACAGUUACUGUUAAAAUCCAAUGCUGCAACCUGUUUGGUUGAGGAUUAUGCAGCCUGCCUUGAGUUACGUUCGGAAGAGUGUCAGAUUAUUGAAAAUAGUGCUAAUGAUCCAGGGGUUUUGAUAAUGCAGCUUCUGAUAGAUAAUAUUGGUAGACCAGCUCCAAAUGUUACACAUUUACUGCUUAAUUUUGACCUUGACACCCCAAUUGAACGAACGGUUCUACAACCAAAAUUUCACUACAGUUGCUUGAAGGUUAUUCUUGAAGUCUUGGAUAAACUUUUAAAGCCAGAUAUAAAUGCAUUACUCCAUGAGUUUGGUUUUCAGCUUCUUUAUGAGUUGUGCUUGGAUCCACUAACGUGUGGCCCUACCAUGGAUUUGUUGAGCAAUAAAAAGUAUCAAUUUUUUGUGAAGCAUCUUGACACCUUUGGUGUUGCUCCCCUUCCUAAACGAAAUAGCGGCCUGCCACUUCGCAUCAGUUCCCUUCACCAGAGAGCAUGGCUCUUAAAGCUCUUAGCUGUAGAGUUGCAUUCUGGUGAUAUGGGUACUCCUACUCACAGAGAAGCAUGUCAGAAUAUACUUGCUCAUCUUUUUGGAAGGGAAAUAAUUGAAAUUGGGUCUGAUCAAGUAGUUUCUGAUUCUUUCGGUUUUCAAAAUAGCAGUGAACAUGCGGGAACCCAAGCAAUUAGCAAGAGUAAGGUGUUAGAGUUGCUUGAAGUAGUCCAGUUUAGAUAUCCAGAUACUAGCAUGAAGCUUUCUCAGAUUGUCUCUAAUAUGAAGUAUGACUUGCUGGCAGAGGACGUACUUGGAGAUCCAACUGCUUCUGGAAAGGGUGGUGUUUAUUACUAUUCGGAGCGCGGUGAUCGUCUGAUAGACCUAACUUCUUUCCGUGAUAAACUUUGGCAGAAAUUCAAUUCAUUGUAUCCCCAGUUGAGUAACUUUGGCAAUGAAGCUGAGCUAAAUGAUGUAAGAGAGACGAUUCAACGGUUGUUGAGAUGGGGAUGGAAGUAUAAUAAGAACCUCGAGGAACAAGCUGCACAACUUCAUAUGUUGACUGGCUGGUCACAGAUUGUUGAGGUCUCUGCAUCAAGAAGGAUGUCCUCUCUGGAAAAUAGAUCUGAAAUUUUAUAUCAGGUUCUUGAUGCCUCUUUGAGUGCUUCUGCUUCUCCAGACUGUUCAUUGAGGAUGUCAUUCAUAUUGAGUCAGGUUGCACUUACAUGCAUGGCUAAACUUCGGGAUGAAAGAUUUAUAUGCCCUGCUGGUCUAAAUCCUGAUAGUAUCACAUGUCUUGAUAUUAUCACGGUAAAGCAAUUAUCAAAUGGUGCUUGUCACUCUAUAUUGUUUAAGCUUGUAAUGGCAAUUCUGAGAAAUGAAUCAUCAGAGGCCUUGAGGAGACGCCAAUAUGCCUUGCUGCUUAGCUAUUUUCAAUACUGUCAGCAUACACUUGAUCCAGAUGUUCCAACAACAAUUAUGCAGUCAUUAUUGCUUACUGAGCAAGAUAGUGAAGAUAUGGACCUUCGACAGAUUAACAGAGAACAGGCUGAAUUAGCUCAUGCCAUUUUUUCCAUUUUAAGAAAGGAAGCUCAGGCAAUCUUAGAUUUGGUAAUAAAAGAUGCAACUCAAGGCAGCGAACCUGGGAAGACGAUAGCACUUUAUGUUCUGGAUUCAUUGAUUUGUAUUGAUCACGAGAGAUAUUUCUUAAGCCAACUUCAAAGCAGGGGUUUUUUGCGGUCUUGCCUGAUGAGCAUCAGCAACGUUUCCUAUCAGGAUUUUAGGCAUUCCCUAGACUCAUUGCAGCGAGCAUGCACUGUUGAGGCUGAACUUGCAUUAUUGUUGAGAAUUAGCCAUAAAUAUGGAAAAUCUGGGGUACAAGUAUUAUUUUCAAUGGGGGCUUUGGAGCAUAUUGCCUCAUGCAGGGCAGUUAAUUUGCAGGGAAGUUUGAGGCGGCUUGAUCCAAAGAUUCGACGAGAUGCAGCUGUGGAUAUUGACAAACAACGGAUGAUCACAACUUCAAUAUUGAGAUUGGUGUUUUCAUUGACUUCAUUGGUUGAUACAUCUGAUAUUUUUGAGGUGAAGAACAAAAUUGUUCGUGAACUUGUAGGUUUUGUCAAAGGACACCAAUUAUUGUUUGAUCAAAUUCUUCAGGAAGAUAUCUCUGAAGCAGAUGAUUUGACAAUGGAGCAGAUAAAUCUUGCUGUUGGCAUACUUAGCAAGGUGUGGCCUUAUGAGGAGAAUGAUGAGUUUGGUUUUGUUCAAGAGCUUUUCAGUAUGAUGCAUGCUCUUUUUUCUGUUGAGACAGAGGCACUUACUUUAGGGAGAUCAGUGCAAUCUUCAGAGGCUAAGAGGAAGUUGGAAUUGAACUCAUGGCGGUUGUGCUUCAGUCUGAGCUCUUAUCUAUAUUUUCUGGUCACAAAGAAAUCAUUGCGACUCCAGGUUUCAGACCACCCGGUGGACUACCAUUCUCCCACUGGGCUGCAGCAGCCCACAUUGAUUUUACUUGGUUCUCUUCUUAGUUCUAUAACAAGUUCCCUUGAAAGAGCAGCAGACGAAAAAUCUUUAAUACUUAAUAAGGUUCGGGACAUAAAUGAGCUAUCAAGGCAGGAGGUGGAUGAAAUUAUCAACCUGUGCGUUCGGAGAGAAUGUGUAUCAUCAUCUGAUGAUAUACAAAAAAGGAGAUAUACCGCAAUGGUGGAAAUGUGCCAGGUGGCUGGCAAUCGCAAUCAGCUAAUUACCAUAUUACUUCCACUAGUGGAGCAAUUGCUAAAUGUUAUUCUCAUUCACUUUCAAGACAGCUCUGUGAUAUCUGAUGCUAAUGCUAAUGGAGCUAUGAAAGCAAUUGGUAUAAAGUCCGACUCAGAACAGGACAUGUCUUCAUUGUGCGGAAAAUUGGUUCCAGCUUUAGAACGUCUUGAGCUAAUAAGUGAGGACAAAGUUGGCCGCAGACUUAAAGUGUUUCGCAGAUUAGUGACAUCACUCAAAGAAAAGGCAAUUCAGAGGUGGUCCUUGUGAGAUCCUUUCAGGCACUGUCGAUGAGUAUUUCACAUUUUUGGUUAUCUUAAGAGUAUUUAUGCUGACAAGAAACCAGGUCAAUGUUGUUCAUUGCUGUUGUAUUAUAUGUUUAUAGUAAUAACAAAUAUAAUUUUUUA